AUGUACAAAAUCAUAGAGAAGAGUGAUAAAUAUUUAACUCAGAAAUCUAAAAGUGAAAAAACAGAAAUAAAAUCAGAAGAACUCAAAGAAGAAAUAAAUAAUCAUGAAGAGUUAGUAGAAAAUAUUGAGAAAGGGAAAGAUUUCAUUAAAAUGAAUGGACAAUAUGAAAUAGGUAAAAUGUUAUUUUUAUUGUUUGUGGAUUUUACAAUCUAUUGUUCAAAACAACCUAUUGGACAACAUGGUAUUUAUCAAAAUGAUGUAAAUAUGAAAGUAUUAAAAAAUCAAAUAACAACACUUGUAGAUUCUAAAGUGAUAAUUAAAAUUAUUUGUUUCAUUUGUUCUUUCAUUACAGAAAAAGAAGAAAUUCAAGAAAUUGUAUCUUCAAUUCAUUUAAAGAAAAAUAUAAACAGAUAUUAA